AUGCUGAAAAGGGAACCAGUUCAGAAUCCGCUCUUCACUGAGCUCUUCAAUGCCGUCCAAGCGGGUAAUUGUAAAAAAGUCCGCUACAUGAUAAAGACAAAAAAGGACAGGAUCAAUAUCAAUGCCAAGGAUCAGAAUGACCCUUACAAACGGACGGCCCUUCUUUAUGCAGCUGAGGAUAAUAAUCAUGAGAUGUGCUGCAUUCUUCUCCGGGCAAAACCAAAUGUACCUGACGUCAAUGCAGAAGACGAGUCUGGAAAUCGACCAAUCAUGAUUGCUCUACAAUUUACUUUUGGGGCUUUCAGAUGGGCAGCCAAACACAAGAGUCCAGAGUUGGCUGAAGUGUUGCUGGAAUCUGGCAAGUGUGAUGUGAACUACCUUGACAGAAACUCAGGAUGCACACCCUUGUAUACUGCUAUCAUGAGCAACCAUGCUCCUCUCUGCAGAGUCUUGGUUCACGCAGGGGCUGAUGUUAAUCUCCGACAACUGGGAGUCGUCGACCCUGUCGGAGAAACACCACUGAUCAAAGCGAUCCAGCUCAACAACAUUGAAAUCUGCGACAUGCUGAUGAACUCAUUAUGUAACAUCAAAGCUCAGACAAACGAUGGACUCACUGCCCUACACUAUGCUGUCGCUUACCGUCGAUAUGACAUCGUGGAGCUUCUAUUAGAGUCGAAGAUUACCAUGUAUGCUAAGUCACAUCAUGGUGUUACUGCCUUGUCUGUUGCAAUCGACCAUCACUUGCCCCUCAUGGUGAAAAUCCUCAUCGAGUUCGGUUACAAAAUAAGUCGGAGAUACGCAUGGGGCGAGACUCCUUUAGACCAAGCCAUUAAUCUCCAUAGCGAGGAAUGUGCAAUGACGCUAGUCCACUGGGGAUGUCCGAUCGUACAAAAGGCAAAAAACAAACCUUCCUAUUUCUAUAGCGCAGCAAAUGAAGGAAUGUUGAACCUUGUUCGUCUCCUGAUCUCAAUGAAUCCAUUAUUUCUCAACGAGGAAUGGGUACAAAAACAAAACAUUAUGUUGGCACUUUACAAGAAGCCGUCAUUUUGUCAAUGGUUGGACGAAACACGGCGACAGCCUCGUCGGUUAGGCGACUGGUGUCGGGCGAGAAUCUGGAAAUAUCUCGGUAAAAAUGGACCAUACAAAGUCAAGCAACUCUCUCUGCCUGCAAAAAUCAUUGAUUUCCUUAGUUUUAGUGAGUAUUUCCAUGACGGAAUGUAUGACAAGAAGACUUUAGAUAUUGCGGAGUGUCCGUUUGAUUGCCCGGUGACCUGCCUCAGGAAACAGUGUCCUCCUAUUGAUAUACUGCCAUCGGAUGAUACAGAAUGAGGACAAACAUGAUUCAUGAAUAGUGUAAGUUUUCAGGACAAUCUCUCUCUAAUACCAGACACCCUCUCAGUUUGAGACCAUGAUCUUGGACCCAAGUUCAUAAUUUCUAUGCAAUUCAACCUAGGCCACCUCAAGGACACCAUUCGCCAGAUCUAGAGGUGUCAUCAAUAGAGAGGUUCCUCUGUAGAUGAUUGUGUUGGACUGAGUAGGCCUUUUUCUAACCAGCUGGCAGAGUCAAAAUGUGACAUCAUUGGGAAUUUAUAACUAGCUGGAAGAGUGAAAUUGUGAAAUCGCUGGGAAAAACAAACCUGCUAGCAAAUUAUUGAAUUAUUUAUACCAUAUAUUAUGUGUAGAAUAGCUAUGAAGUUAAUUUCUGCUUUGAAAAUAA